AUGUGCUGGCGUUCCAUAAGGGGAAAUGCAUUUGAACCGUGGUUUCUAAAAUGGGAGAACACCAUAAUACUUUCAGAGGCUACAUUGUUAUGUUCGUUGUCCUCAAACCUUAUCGUCAUAGAGGAAUUGAAAAGGGGAUAUAAGUUUGUUAUUCUCAAGCCAGUCAUUAUGACAAAAUUCGAUAUCAUGGAAGUUAUUCGAAAAGAAUUUAUGAUCGCGGGCUUGAAGGGGAUAAAACUUUGUUAUUCUCACGCCAGUCAUUCUGACAGAAUUCGAUAUCGUGGAAGUUAUUCUAAAAGAAUUUAUGAUUGCGGGCAUGAAGGUGGGGGCAUUCUUCUCCAACUCUCGAUUCCAGGAUUGAGAUGA